GAACUACGAAGAAAAUUGGCGUUGUUGCCAAGUUGUGACGGAAAUAUGAAAAUCUUGUCAUACUUUGGGAUUUGUCAACCAUUUGUCAACCAUCAAUCAUAAAAGUCAAAUAAAUUUUACAAAUAACUAGUAAAUAUAUCUCUAGAAUACCCAAUUAUACACCGAUUUUAAGACGUCAGCUUUGUUACCUACGGCUGCGAGCUAUUUCGGACAUUUCCAGGAUAUUAAGCACGGGUUUGAAUUACAGUUACCCCAAAACAGACAAUAUUAGAAUCCAGUACUUGACAUAAACGAGACACCGUCGGCCAUUUUUCCCCCUCUUCAGCCGCCACCCCCGUCCAAAAAAAAAUGAAAUCGUCCGGACUUGCGAACAAGAACCCGCCGCCUCCAGCGGCGGCGGCGGCCGUCUCGUUGUCGGUGACAAACAAACAAAAGAGAAUCGAACAAAGGGGCAUCGGCGCUCUAUUUCGGUGAUGCUUAAUCAACAUGGAGGAGCGCAACGAGUCACGUGGCGGCAAGGGCCCGGCCGCCCCCGCGAGCGGGGUUUCGGAAACCGCGCGCAAAUUUUCGGGCCCCAUCAGCCCCCUUAGGAUGCCGGAUUUACCGCUCCCUACUCCGCCUCCGAUGGCCAACAUUAUGACCACGUCGAGGUUCGAUUUGCAGACCAGAGGCGGGUGCGGGUACAGACGUAUUCUAAGCUCAAGGAGCACCGAAUUCAGGUCUCCCACGUUGAGCCCCAGGAGUUUGGAGUAUCGGUCGCCAGUUCUGGGUAGGGCGCAUUUGUUCCACGGCGGGGAGUCCUACUGGGGCGGAGGAUACGCCGGAACCAGUAGAGGAUCUCUAACUGAUCAGCUGGGCUUAUCGCCGCUGCCUCGCCACAGGAACUUCGAAAAUCUCUCCCGCCCGUCGGACACGCCCUUCGCCUACCGCGAAUCGAAAUCCCGCGGAAAGUAUUUUUCGCGCGACUCUUUAAUCUCCCACGAGUUGGAAGAAGUCAAGACGCUCAACAAAGAGCUCCAGAGAAAGUUCUCGAGCGAGUGCGACGUCCAAACUCAUAAUCAGGGCAGUGAAACUUCGCCCGAAUACCCCGCCGUCUUCUUCAACGAACAUUACAUAUCGGACAUUGACGAGAACGAGGAAAUUAAAGAGUUUUCCAUAGGGUACCGUACCCCCGAGAGACGGUACUCGGACCAAUCGGAUCGCAGUACGGCCAAACUGAGCGAUUCCCAGAACUACCAAAGCGCUACGCUACCCUGUUCGUUCAGGAGCGUCGGCGGGGGGCGUAACGUUGGGGGCCUUAUCAGUGGUAGCGUUUCUUCGAUUAAGAGUUCGGAUUACUGUGCUUUCGCGCCGGUUGCCUGUCAUGUUAAGAGGGUGGAGUUUAGCGGUGAUAGUACCGGGAAGGUGAUUAAGAGUCCCCAGAGGACCGUAGUCAAGCUGGCUAAGAUCAGACCGGUUUGCCGGAGCUACCCCCGCCACCAGUCGCCGUCACCAAUGUCAAACGUGCAUCACCACGAAGGUGCCGCGUCGCCGCCGGCCCUCCCCUCCCCCGGGGGAGGCAAAAUGGUCACCGACCAUCCGGUGUCGGAUAGAUUUUUGGGGAAGGGUUCUCCGUUCGCCCCUCCUAGCGGGGUGGACCCCCAGAGGCACUCCCAGAGCGACGACGACUCCGGGUGCGCUUUGGAGGAGUAUACGUGGGUGCCUCCUGGUCUGAGACCCGAUCAGGUGCAUCUCUACUUCAGCGCCUUGCCCGAAGACAAGGUACCAUACGUCAACAGCGUGGGAGAGCGUUACAGAGUGCGUCAACUGCUACAGCAGCUGCCGCCACACGACAACGAAGUAAGAUACUGCCACGCUCUCAGUGACGAAGAGCGCAAAGAGCUGAGGCUGUUUUCCGCUCAGCGCAAGAGGGAAGCCCUAGGUCGGGGGGCGGUCAGACAAGUGCCCGGCGCCAUCAGAUGCGACGCGUGUUCGGAAGGCCUUUCUGCGGGAGACAUCGGAGUGUUUGCCGCGAGAGCGGGGCCCAACACCUGCUGGCACCCGGGCUGCUUCGCCUGCUGCGUGUGCCGCGAACUCCUAGUGGAUCUCAUCUACUUCUUCAAGGAGGGCCGCCUGUACUGCGGUCGUCACCACGCCGAGACGAUCAAGCCGAGAUGUUCCGCAUGCGACGAGAUUAUCUUGGCCGACGAGUGCACAGAGGCGGAGGGCAGGGCGUGGCACAUGAAACAUUUCGCUUGUUCCGAAUGCGAACGUCAACUGGGGGGUCAGCGGUACAUCAUGAGGGACGGAAGGCCCUACUGCCUGCACUGCUUCGACGCCAUGUUCGCCGAAUAUUGCGACUCGUGUGGCGAACCCAUAGGCGUCGAUCAGGGCCAGAUGAGCCACGAGGGUCAACAUUGGCACGCCACAGAGACCUGUUUUUGUUGCCACACGUGCCGUACGUCUCUGCUAGGUCGACCGUUUUUGCCGCGCCGUGGUGCCAUCUAUUGUUCGAUAGCUUGCAGCAAAGGGGAACCGCCCACGCCGUCCGACAGUUCAGGACCGGGCACCAGAGCUCCCAGACCGCUGAAACCGCGUCUGACUGCCCACCCCCCUUCUCCUAGCGAAACGAGCACGCCACCUGGAUCGCCCGCUUUACGCAGAGCGCACCCUCCGCGAUCCCCGACUACCUCUUCGCCUUCUACUCCACCUCCCUGCAGUCAAUACGUCCUGAGCAACCCUCUCACUUGCCGAUCUCCCCCGAUUCGAUCCCCAAAAAUGGGCAGGCGGGCCCUGCAGAGGUCCCCCAAACCAGGGGGAUCACUAGCCAGUACACCCACCCCUUCAGAUAACGGGUGUCCGGGCGAAUCGUUACCCCAAUCACAGAACCAGAGCCCUAGCGAAGAAAGGACCGCAAUGCCCCCGACGGAGAGGGGAUUGGACAGGGUAUUGUUGGAACGCAACCUCGAUAGGUUGUUGAGCGAGAGGGGAGCGAGUCACCAUUCUCCCGACUUGGAGAAAUUGCUCAGCGCGAGGGACAGGAGCAGAGAACCUCUACAUCUGGCCGAUCUAAGUCUUGACGAUUGGACGGGGGGGAAUUGGAGUAAGAAGGGGUCGCAAAACGCUGGGGACGGCACACCGAAGGCCGACGGCAAUUCUUUGGAGCUGCAGGCGGCGUCUUCCUCGAUGCCGGAACUUGUGGUUCCCGGAUCGAGCGAAAGCACGAGCGGCGGUCUGACUACUCCCGGCUCUCCAAGUAAAAAAUCGCGAGGCUUACUCAGCGUUCGCUUCCAAGGGGAUAAUCAAGGGUUCGAAGCAGAUGCGGCAGACAACGCCAGCGUCGAAGCAUCUAAGAAAUUCCCACGAAGCAAGAGCUACUCCGGCGGUCGGUCCAGACACUGCGACAGCCUCGAGCGAAGAGGCAGGUCUUCCCGAAAAACCACUUCUGAUUCACAGACACCUUCCAGCAGUCGACAUCCGGAACGCGACGAUGAUAGCGAUAGCUACUGUUCCACUUGUUCUUCCUCGUCUUCCAGUGAUGAUUUGGACUACCAGCUACCUCCAAGACGAGCCUACGGCGGCGUGAGGAUUUCGUACGUUCCGAAUGACGCGCUGGCCAUUGCGAGGCGCAGACAGGCGGCUAAUCAAAAAUCCCCGUGCAAAACUAGGCCAUUGGAUGCUGGAGACAAAAACUGCAUCAUAUCAUGAUGACGUUU